UGGGAUACAGACAUAGUAAUAGUAUAUUAUACACUAUGCAUCUUGCGUAGGCCAAUUUGCUUUGUAACUUUAGUUUCUCCCUUGACCCCAUUUAAGUCCUGCAUAUAUAUGCGUAGUUUUUUUUAUAGUUUUAGUGAGUGAGAAUAGCCAUGUCUACUUCAAAGAGCGUCAGCAGUUCUAGUGAAGAUGACAAUGAACUUAGAAGAGGGCCUUGGACUCUUGAAGAGGAUAAUUUGCUCUCCCAAUAUAUUUCUAGUCAUGGAGAAGGGCGAUGGAAUUUGCUAGCUAAACGUUCAGGAUUAAAGCGAACUGGGAAAAGUUGCAGAUUAAGGUGGCUAAAUUAUCUAAAGCCAGAUGUAAAACGGGGAAAUUUAACCCCACAAGAGCAACUUAUAAUCCUCGAACUCCACUCAAAGUGGGGAAACAGGUGGUCAAAAAUUGCACAAAAUUUGCCAGGCAGAACAGACAAUGAAAUCAAGAACUAUUGGAGAACUAGGAUUCAGAAACAGGCAAGACAUUUGAAAAUUGACACUGACAGCAGAGAGUUUCAGGAACUUGUUAGGCGUUUCUGGAUGCCUAGAUUGCUUCAAAAAGCCAAAGAAUCAUCUUCUUCAGCCAUGUCAAUUCAAAACCAGGCAACUCCUAUGCCUUUUGAUGGUGUUUCUCAGCAUUCAACUGUUGGGACCAUACCAUCACAUUCACACACCCCUUGGCAGGGACCUUGUAUGAAUGAAGCUGGUCCCACUUACAUGGACCAACAUGAGCAGAACUCAGACUCUGAACACAACAAUGGUUCAUGCAUCUCCUUGUCUGAGUCAGCAAAUUUUCCAAAAGUGCCUCAGCAUUUUGGACGCACCACCAUCACCCAAUAUCAUGCCUUGAAUAACAAUGACUUUGGCACCUUCACAUAUGACGGCUACAAUGUAAGCAACAAUGUCUAUGAGAUGGACAACUUCAAAACGCCUACUACAAGGGUGGCUGAGGAUGCGCAAUACCCAACUGGUGAUUGUCAAAUGGUAGGAAGCAAUUGGGUAAACAGCGAUUUUGCAUGUAACAUGUGGAACAUGGAUGAAUUGUGGCAAUUUAGCAAGUUACAAAAAUAAGAUUUUAGGGUUUGGUUUUUUUGGAGUUACCAAGACUCUAUCUUUGGUGAUGUUAUUAUUGUUAUCAUGAACUGUUGAUUAGCUACUACCAAAUUAAUUAAUACAGAUGGUGAUUGUUUUCUGUACAUCUGUUUUGCAUUA